AGAGGAAAACCCAAAGCGUUUGCUUUUAACUCGGCUCAGUUGAAAAGAAGCGAACCGUAGAGAACCCAAAAAAUCUAGGGUUUCUCUGAUCUCAAUCAACGAAUCUGAGUGCAAGAAACUGGCUGAAACCCUAGUUUCUUCAUCAGAUCAACGCUAAUUUUGGUCAAUUUAUUUGGAAAUUCAAGGAGCAAUUUUGGAAGAUGACUCAAGAUGUGGAAAUGAAAGAGCUUCCAGCUCCUUCAAAUUCUGUUACUUCUACUACUCCUUCAACACUGCAGCAUUUGAAGGAGAUAGCGUCGCUCAUCGAGAGCAGCGCGUAUGCUCGUGAGGUUCGCCGCAUUGUGCGCGCCAUUCGGCUUACCAUGAUAUUGAGGCGGAAGCUGAAGGCGACUGUGCUCUCUGGAUUCCUAAAUUAUGCCCUUAACCCGGGAUCGGAGGUGCACACCCGGUUGUCCUCGUAUCUCCCCAAGGAAGAUGAACAUGACAUGGAAGUUGAUACUGCAACAUCUGCAACUCAAACUCCUGCAAAACACCCCUUGCCAGAACUUGAGAUUUACUGCUACUUGCUAGUUCUGAUUUUUCUGAUUGAUCAGAAGAAAUACAAAGAGGCUAAAGCUUGUUCCGCAGCAAGCAUCACACGGCUGAAGAAUCUGAAUCGGAGAACCAUUGAUGUUCUGGCAUCCAGGCUUUAUUCUUAUUACUCUCUUAGCUAUGAACUCACGGGUGAUCUUGCUGAGAUUCGAGGUAACCUCCUUGCCUUGCAUCGGAUUGCAACAUUGCGCCAUGAUGAGCUGGGUCAGGAAACACUUCUAAACCUGCUUCUGCGUAAUUACCUCCAUUACAACUUGUAUGAUCAGGCUGAGAAACUGAGGUCAAAGGCACCUCGUUUUGAAGCUCAUUCAAAUCAGCAGUUUUGUCGCUACCUCUUCUACCUAGGAAAGAUUAGGACAAUUCAGUUGGAGUACACAGAUGCAAAAGAGUCCCUCCUGCAAGCUGCUCGGAAAGCUCCUGUUUCAGCCCUUGGUUUUCGAGUUCAAUGCAACAAGUGGGCUGUGAUAGUCCGCCUCCUGCUGGGCGAAAUCCCUGAAAGGACUGUUUUUAUGCAGAAGGGCAUGGAGAAGGCUUUGAGGCCCUACUUUGAGCUUACAAAUGCAGUGCGAAUUGGAGAUCUGGAGCUGUUCAAGUCUGUUGCUGAGAAGUUCUCAACUACUUUCAGUUCAGAUCGCACACACAAUUUGAUUGUUAGGCUGCGGCAUAAUGUCAUAAGGACUGGGCUACGCAAUAUCAGUAUCUCGUAUUCUCGAAUCUCACUGGCGGAUGUUGCCCAGAAGCUGAGAUUGGACUCUGCAAAUCCUAUUGCUGAUGCUGAGAGCAUUGUAGCCAAGGCAAUCCGAGAUGGUGCUAUUGACGCCACAUUGGAUCAUGCAAAUGGGUGGAUGGUAUCCAAGGAGACUGGGGACAUCUACUCCACCAACGAACCUCAAUUUGCAUUUAACUCAAGAAUUGCCUUUUGCCUUAACAUGCACAACGAUGCAGUGCGUGCACUUCGGUUUCCCCCUAAUUCCCACAAGGAGAAAGAAAGUGCUGAGAAGAGGAGAGAGAGACAACAGCAGGAGCAAGAGCUUGCAAAGCAUAUUGCUGAGGAGGACGACGAUGAGUUCUAAUGGAGUCCUUAAGGGCAAUGCACUUUAUGGUGGUGUGGCUUCCUUGGAAAUUCCUUAACAAGGGUGGAUGGCUAUCACCUUUUUUAGCUGUUGCUUUCAACUUUGUGAGUUACGUUGUUUUAGGCCUUCGUGCUAACUGUUUCUCUAUUCUGAAUUACAUCCUGGGUUGUCAUCUGGAUUCAGAUUUUCAUUCCAAACCCAAACACACCCACCCAUGCUUGAUGAUACAUUAUUUUUGGUACUGUUUCCGAUUUGAUUGGAUUGAUUGGAAGGACACAAUCUCAAACCUAAAUGGGUGAUGAUCCAUUAAAUUGAACCAUCA